AAUACCAGGUGCUUUGGAGUCUGGUGGAUUUGCAGUGACCUUCGUUACCCUCAAAUUGAUCUCUUCCACCUGCUUCCCACCAUCUACUAAGUCGAUUGUAGCCUCCAAUUCAUCUCCAUUCUUCGUUGUCUAAUAGUCCCUCAUUCUCUCUCAACCUGCCUCCUCCGCUGCUUGUAGUCGUCAUCUCCGAGCCCCACCCUUGGAUGCAAUUUUUAAAGCUUCAACGACCCACCAACGUUGUGCUAUCCCACCAGGUGCGCACCCGUUCCUUCUUUUUUUCACCAGCAAUAACAAACCCUGUACACUACCCUUCAUGAUUUUCCCUCUCCCAUGCUGCUCUGAUGUCUAAACACCUACCUGUUGCUUCGAAUUUCUUCUCCACUUCAAUGGAGAUGGGGUUUUAGUCAGAUUUCAUAAAUGUUUUAUUCAUAUUGUGUUUGGAGGUCAAAGUUAGAGAAACAUGACACGAACUGAGAACGGGGAGAGAGGGUUUUAGCCGGAUUCCAUAAAUGUUUCAGUGAUAUUGUGUUUGGAGGUCAACGUUAGAGAAAGACGACAUGAAUUGAGAACGAGACGAAGAAGAAGGAUGCAAUAGGAUAUAAUCUUUUAUGCGAGACGAUGAGGUUGAAAAUCAACAAGGAAGCACAUAACACUUGUGAAAUCGACCAACCUAAACUUGGAGCCGACUUCAAUACAAGGGGGCACCUACUGUUUGCUGAAAUGCCCCUCUACAUGGGGCUGCUACUGCAGUCUUGCUUUGAUAUGAUCUGUAAUGAUCUUGAUGAGGCUCAGCGUCUGAGUUUGACUGGAGAGGGAUUUAAAGGUCUCAAAAAGGAAAAAAGAAGGGUUUGAAUCAGAGUUACAAGAAUUAGGGUCAAUAAAUGAGAUGCUGUUAAGAUAUCUGAAGCAUUUGGGAAAAUCAGUGUGGUUUCAAAGAAAAUUGAGUAUGCAAACAUCGUGAAGGUUGUUUAACAAUAUCUUGUA